CGAGGGGGGAGGUGUAUUAUGUGUUCCGAGACAAUUUUGUUUUCAUGUUUUACAUCUCUUGGGGAAAGAAGUCCCUCAAUUAGUUCCUGAAGAUUCAUAAUUUCGGCUCAUGGUUGUUACUCGGUAGGAAACGAUGCUGAAAUUCAAAUUCGGAACCAGCCGUUCCGAGCUGUCCGCCGCGGAGCCCAACGUCGUCGUCGGCAUCGCCGGCCGCUGUUCCCGCCUCCAUUACCUUCUCCAGGGCAGGGGCAGUCUCAAUGCACAGGUGACAGGGGGUGUGGUGACACGGGAGAGCCUGCUGGAUGCCCUGGUCCUACUCUACCAGGAGUGCAGCUCUCCAGAACUCAUGAAGAUGAAGCAUAUUGCCAAAUUUGUCAACAAGGUCUCAGAGGCGGUGUUGGAGCUGCAGGAGUUGCAACCUGGUCCAAAGGACUUUGAGCCAUGCAGUCUGGUUGGGCGUGGACGCUUUGCUGAAGUGCAUUUAGUGAGGGAACGCACCACUGGAGACAUGUAUGCCAUGAAGACCAUGGACAAGUCUUGCCUGCGUUCCAUGGAAAAUGUUGCAUUUUUUGAAGAGGAGCGGGGGAUACUUGCCCUCAAUUCCACUCUUUGGAUCCCGCAAUUGCAAUAUGCUUUUCAGGACAAACACAAAGUGUAUCUGGUUAUGGAGUACCUCCCUGGAGGGGACUUGAUGGCCUUGAUGAACCGCUAUGAGGACCACUUUGAUGAGUCCAUGGCCCAGUUCUACCUGUCGGAAUUGGUGCAGGCUAUUCACACUGUGCAUCAGAUGGGAUUUGUCCACAGGGAUGUCAAACCAGAGAAUGUCCUGAUCGAUCGAACUGGACACAUCAAACUAGCAGACUUUGGUUCAGCAGCCAAACUCACAGCCAGUAAAAAGGUCUCCACCUCCCAGUUACCUGUGGGAACACAGGACUUCCUGGCACCUGAGGUCCUGGCUGCACUGAGUGGUGGAGUGCAAGCUGCAUAUGGGGUGGAGUGUGACUGGUGGUCUCUGGGUGUCAUAGCCUAUGAGAUGAUCUACAUGAAGUCUCCCUUCACUGAAGGUACCUCUACCAAGACUGUGAACAAUAUCAUGAACUUUCAGCGCUACCUGAAGUUCCCACAGGAGGCCAAGGCAAGCAAGAAUUUUGUGGAUCUGGUGCAGAGCUUGCUCUGUGCUGUGUGUGACCGGCUUGGGUACGAGGAUCUUCGCUGUCACCCCUUCUUCUCCUCCGUGGACUGGAGCAACCUACGGCAAGCCCUUCCUCCGUUUGUCCCCACACUCUGCGGUGAAGAUGACACCUCCAAUUUUGAGGAGCCCGAGACCCCUCCUCCCAGCACGACGGCUGCCCUGCGUGACCCCCAGCGAGUGGGCUUCCAGGGCCUUGACCUGCCCUUUCUAGGGUGGUUCUUCAGCAGGCCACUGACAGCUUUGGCCAGGGCUGAACCAGUGGCUGCAGGCCUCAAUUCUCCAGCUAAGACCAACUCCAUGGAAAAAAAGCUUCAGAUUAAAAGCAAAGAAUUACAAGAAACCCAAGACAAAUGUCACAAGAUGGAGCAAGAACUCUCCCGAUUCCAGCGUAAGAUGUCAGACCUCGAGUCUGUGCUCCAGCAGAAGGAUGUGGAGCUCAAGGCAUCGGAGACCCAGAGGAGUAUCCUGGAGCAAGACCUCGCCACUUAUAUCACAGAAUGCAGCAGCCUCAAGCGCAGUCUGGAGCAGGCCCGCGUGGAGGUGUCGCAGGAAGACGACAAAGCCCUGCAGCUGCUGCAUGACAUUCGGGAGCAGAGCAACAAGUUACAGGAGAUUAAAGAACAGGAGUACCAAGCCCAGCUGGAGGAAAUGCAAGUGACGAUUCGGCAGCUGGAAGAGGACCUGUCUGCUGCCCGUCGCCGUAGCGACCUGUAUGAAGCGGAGCUGAGGGAAUCCCGUCAGAUCAGUGAGGAGCUGAAGAGGAAGGCUGCUGACUACCCACUGAGGAUACAGAAGGCAAAGGAGCAGGGGAAGGCUGAAGUCGAGGAGCUCCUUACCAAACUGGAGAAGACCAAUGCAGAGCAGCAAGCAAAAAUUCAAGAGCUCCAGGACAAAUUAACCAAGGCGGUGAAGGCCAGCUCAGAGGCCACCGAGCUCCUGCAGAACAUCCGACAAGCCAAGGAGCGGCUGGAACGUGAGCUGGAACGGCUCCGCAGCAAGGGAGACUCUAGCGACACCCUUCGCAGGCGCCUGCGGGAGACUGAGGAAGGUAGGAAGACCUUGGAGAACCAGGUGAAGAGGCUGGAAAUGGUGGAACGAAGGGAAAACAAGCUCAAAGAUGACAUCCAGACCAAAUCCCAGCAGAUCCAGCAGAUGGCUGAUAAGAUCCUGGAACUGGAGGAAAACCUGAGGGAGACCCAGGCUACUGCCCAGCGAAUGGAGGCACACCUGGUACAGAAAGAGAGGAUGUAUGAGGACAAGAUCAAGGUUCUGGAAGCCCAAAUGAAGGCUGACAUGGCUGAAAAGGAAAUUCUGGAGUCAAAACGGGCCAAGCAUGAGGAGGAGGUUCAGGAGAAGUGCAAGCUCAUCAGCGAACAGAAAGCAACGAUCAAUGCCAUGGAUUCCAAGAUGAAGAGCCUGGAACAACGCAUUGCCGAGCUGUCUGAGGCUAAUAAGCUAGCAGCCAACAGCAGCAUCUACACCCAGAAGAACAUGAAAGCCCAGGAGGAGAUGAUUUCAGAACUGAGGCAGCAGAAGUUCUACCUUGAGUCACAGGCAGGCAAGCUGGAAGCACAGAAUGCCAAGCUAGAGGAACAUCUGGAGAAGAUGAGCCAGCAGGAACAGAGCAAGAAGACACGCUUGAUGGAGCUGGAAACCAGGAUCAGAGAGAUGGGCCUAGAGCAUGAGGAACAGAAGCUGGAGAUCAAGAGGCAGGUGGCAGAGCUGACGUUGUCUCUGCAGGAGCGUGAGUCUCAGAUCAGUGGGCUGCAGGCAGCACGUAAUGCCCUGGAGAGCCAACUGCAGCAAGCCAAGACAGAGCUAGAAGAGACCACUGCUGAGGCUGAGGAGGAGAUCACUGCACUCAGGGCUCAUAGAGAUGAGAUUCAGCGCAAAUUUGAUGCUCUGAGAGACAGCUGCUCAGUGAUUACUGAUCUCGAGGAACAGCUGACGCAGCUGAGCCAGGAGAAUGCAGAGCUGAACCGCCAAAACUUCUACUUGUCCAAGCAACUGGACGAGGCAACAGAAGAGCGAGAGGACCGUCUGCAGCUGAGCCAGGAAGUGGACCGGCUACGCAGGGAGGUAGCUGACCGGGAGAUGCACUUGAAUAACCAGAAACAGAACAUGGAGACCCUGAAGACCACAUGUACCAUGCUGGAGGAGCAGGUGCUGGAGCUGGAGACACUCAAUGAUGAGCUACUGGAGAAGGAGCGGCAGUGGGAGGCAUGGCGUGGCGCCCUAGAGGAUGAGAAGAACCAGGCGGAGAGGAGGGCCCGAGACCUUCAAAGGAUGUUGGACAAUGAGAAGCAGAAUAGACUGCGUGCAGAUCAGCGCAGUUCCGAGUCACGCCAAGCUGUGGAGCUGGCAGUCCGAGAACACAAGGCAGAGAUUGUGGCCCUACAGCAGGCUCUGAAGGAGCAGAAGCUGAAAGCAGAGAGCCUUUCUGACACGCUGAACGACUUGGAGAAGAAGCAUGCCAUGCUGGAAAUGAAUGCUCGCAGCCUGCAGCAGAAGCUGGAGACAGAGCGGGAGCUGAAACAGAGGCUUAUGGACGAGCAAAACAAGCUGCAGCAACAGAUGGACAUUCAGAAAACGCACAUAUUCCGCCUGACACAGGGUCUACAGGAUGCCCUGGACCAGACCGACCUGCUGAAGACUGAACGGACGGACCUUGAGUACCAGCUAGAGAACAUUCAGGCCGUAUAUUCCCACGAGAAGGUAAAGAUGGAAGGCACCAUAUCCCAGCAGACAAAGCUGAUUGACUUCCUGCAGGCCAAGAUGGACCAGCCCUCAAAGAAAAAGAAGGGCAUUUUUAGCCGAAGACGUGAGGAUUUGAUUGGUGUGGGCGGGGCAGGUGCCGCUGCCACAGCCCAGGUGCCCAUGCCCUACAAUGACAUGAAGGUGGCACUAGAUAAAGAGCGGGCACGCUGUGCAGAGCUGGAAGAGGCACUACAGAAGAUGCGCAUCGAACUGCGCUCCCUGCGAGAGGAAGGAAUCCAUUUCAAAGGCCUGGAACACGGUGGCCCUUCCACUCCAGCCAUGGCUCGACAGCAGAUCAUAAUGUCCGCCAUUGUCAAGUCGCCCGAGCACCAGCCCAAUCCCAGCAGCUUGCUGGCUCCCUCCAGCUCCAGUCGUCGCAAAGAGACAUCCACACCCGAGGAGAAAAGGAGGGUGACCUUUGAAAAGUUCAGCAGACGUGUGAAGGAGCGGAUGCACCACAAUAUCCCACACCGCUUCACCGUGGGCCUCAACAUGAGGGCCAGCAAGUGUGCCGUGUGCCUGGACACCGUGCACUUUGGCAGACAGGCAGCAACGUGCAUGGAGUGCCACGUCCUGUGCCACCCCAAGUGCUCGCCAUGCCUCCCGGCCACAUGCGGUCUGCCUGCUGAGUACGCGACUCACUUCUCGGAGGCGCUGUGCCGUGACAAGGCCAGCUCCCCUGCCCUGCAGGUCAAGGAGGCCGCAGGACAUGUGCGUCUGGAGGGCUGGAUGAAGCAGCCCAGAAACGGGAAGCGUGGCCAGCAGGGCUGGGAGAGGAAAUACAUAGUGCUCGACGGAACCAAGGUGGCCAUCUAUGAGACGGAGCCCAGAGAAGACACCAUGAAACCACAGGAGGAGUUUGAGCUGUGCUUGCCUGACGGGGAGGUGACCGUUCAUGGGGCCGUGGCCCCAUCUGAGCUCAUCAAUACGGCCAAGUCAGACAUCCCAUAUGUGCUGAAGCUGGAGUCCCACCCCCACACCACCUGCUGGCCAGGCCAGUCACUGUACUUCAUGGCUCCCAGUUUCCCAGACAAGCAGCGCUGGGUGGCAGUGUUGGAGUCCGUGGUGGCUGGAGGGCGGAGCUCGCGGGAGAAGGCGGAGGCUGAUGCUAAACUGUUGGGAAACUCUUUGCUGAAGCUGGAAGGAGACGACCGUCUGGAUAUCAACUGCACUCUUCCCCUCACCGAUCAGAUUGUGCUGGUGGGGUCAGAGGAGGGUCUCUACGCCUUGAACGUGAUCAAGAACUCCUUGACCCACAUCCCUGGGCUGGGCUCCGUCUUUCAAAUCCAUAUUCUAAGGGAACUGGACAAGCUGCUCAUGAUCACAGGGGAUGAGCGAGCUUUGUGUUUGGUGGACAUCAAGAAAGUGAAGCAGUCACUGUCCCAGUCCCACCUUCCAGCUCAGCCUGAGCUUUCCCCCUAUAUCUUCGAGACGGUGAAGGGUUGCCACCUCUUCGGCGCAGGCAGGAUUGAGAAUGGACCUUGCAUUUGUGCCGCAAUGCCGAACAAGAUCACUAUCCUGCGUUACAACGAGAGCCUCGGCAAGUUCUGCAUCAGGAAGGAAAUUGAGACCUCUGAGCCAUGCAGCUGUAUCCACUUCACAGGCUACAGCAUCAUCAUUGGCACCAACAAGUUCUACGAGAUCGAGAUGAAGCAGUACGUACUGGAAGAGUUCCUGGACAAGAACGAUGUGACGCUGACAUCGGCCAUCUUCGCCGCCUCCUCGCACAGCUUCCCCAUCUCCAUCCUGCAGGUGAACAGCAGCCCGCAGAAGGAUGAGUACCUGCUCUGCUUCCAUGAGUUUGGAGUGUUUGUGGACGCAUACGGACGCAGGACCCGAAGCGAGGACAUGAAGUGGAGUCGCCUGCCCCUGUCGUUUGCUUACAGGGAGCCCUAUCUGUUCGUGAUGUACUUCAACUCCUUGGAUGUGGUCGAGAUCCAAGGCCAUGCAGCUUUGGGCUCCGUGGCACUUGCUCACCUGGACAUACCCAACCCACGCUACUUGGGCCCGGCCAUCUCCUCCGGGGCUAUUUAUCUGGCCUCCUCCUAUCAGAACAAGUUGAGGGUCAUCUGCUGCAAGGGCAACCUGGCACGGGAGGCUGGGGACCUCCAGAGGACGGGCUCCAGCCGCAGCAGUCCCAACAAGCGGGGCCCCCCCUCUUACAACGAACACAUCUCCAAGCGCCUGGCCUCCGAGGCUCUGCACCGCGAGCCCAGCACACCACACCGCUACCGCGAAGGCCGUACCGAGUUCCGCCAGGACAAGUCGCCCGCCCGCCCACUGGAGCGGGAGAAGUCCCCGGGGAGGAUGCUGGAUAGCCGUAGGGAGCGCUCCCCAGGGAGGGGCUUCGAGGAGCGGCCACGCCUCCACACGGGCUCUGUGCGCACCCCACUCACACCUGUGAACAAGGUCUGGGAUCAAUCAUCGGUCUGAGGACCCAACCCUGGAACAAGGAGGAUCGCAGAGGGUUACUGUAGAAGCAAAGAUGGGCCAGACUAUCAUGUAAUGCUCUUAGAGAGACUAAUGGAAGAUUGGAAAAUGAUUGCUUGUUUUAAAAGUGACAUGAUUGUAAUGUAAGUCAACAAAAACAUCACUGUGUCCACUGAAACUGUUUACAGUACAGUACUUUAUAGGAACCAGCUCAAUAAGUCAUUUCAAUUGUAAGUGAGCAGUGGCUUCCUCACCCGAGUCUGUUGUGAUGGAUGGUGAUGUCACAAAGAUGAGGACCCUGCCAUCCAUGGGGCCUCCCGAUGCAC